AUGCCGAGAGUGUCAGACAGCGGGACAAAGACGGGCGGGCUUCGCUUCGGUAGCUCGCUCUGCCCCUUCCUGGUGACCCUCCCUGCUAUAAAGCGGCGGCGAUUGUCGUCGCAGCGAGAAACGCCUUGCGGGCGCUUGUCCCGUGGGACCGUGACACAGGACCGGCCAAGCGUUUUGGAAGCAUGGCGAUCCGAGCAAUGGAGCAUGGCCCUGGUGCCCGAGCCUUUUAACUGCGUCAGCGUCGGUCUCGAGCGCCCCUCGAGAGAGGCGUCCGGAUGCCUUUCCCUUUGGAUGACCAGGCCGGUGGCUGGGAUUGUCGGGACAGCGGUCGCGAGACGCCGUCAGCUCGGACCUUUCCAUCUGGUCGGAGCUGUGGUUGCAAGCGAUGAAACGCACGGUCAAUCCAGCCUCCAGCGAGCUGAAAGACUGUUACGAGGCCGUCCUCUGCCCGGGCCGUGCUCAAACGGUUUUCAUGGACUUGAAUGCCGCCAGAGAGCUGAGCACGAAGUAUUCCCGAAUCAAGCAAGCCCCGGUACGAGGGUGACACGGCACCGCCGAGCACAGGACAGCUCCCAUGUGCAGUACUGUACUUUGGUGGUAGGUACGGAACCCCCCUCCGUCUCCCGUGUGGGAUGCAUUGCUUUGGUGGACAAGUUGACAGGGAGCACUGCACCAAAGUUCUUUUUCUUUCUCCAAGCCCAGACCCGUCCUUCAUUCUGCAUCGGACAUUGGCCCUCGUGGUCGACAGAUCAUCUGCAUUCUCGUGCGAAGCCAGGUCCGGAGCAGUCGGUGGGACGGCUCAAAAGCGGCAGGCAUCUCAUCGUCGCCGUCCAUCCGUCUGACUCCUACCAACGCAAACAUGGGAAUGAGCAAGACCACGGAGCACGAUGCAGUAAAUCGGGUGCAAACUGGAGCAUUCGGUGCCAUCGGCUCGGCCAACGAGAACAAGUGCAUGAUGGCACCCUUGUCGUCGUCUGUUGGGCUGUUGAGUGA